CACCCUCAAAGUCCCACAGUCCAUUGCAACAACAUAGUGCCAGACUUCAGCUUAGCGAGCUUAAUUUACUGAAGCUCCCGCACGCGCCAUGGGAUAUAACCCUUCGCUAGCAUUGCUGAAAGAACAAUACCGAAAGUGCAUUAUUUAAUUUUGGUAUGAUACGGGGACAAAGCCAAGGCUAAUCGACCGUGUUUCAAAUAAAUCGGUUAGUCAUGGCCGCACCAGGGGCUGGACAAGGUGACGAGCAAGAAAAGCUUGAAGAUGAAUUUCAACAAACGAUACGCCGUAUAGGUGGCAAGGAGAAGAUUUACCUGAUUGGAGAGGUCUGUAAAAAUGACGGCAAUCAAAGCACUUCAUUGCAGACGUUGGUUGAUGAAAUGUUCAGCGACAGUAAACAUAAUCCUAGCUCUGUAAACACGACUUUGAAUGACAACACACGUCCUGAAAACCAGAGCAAUACAUUGAACGACGUGGCAGAUAUCAAAGACAUUUUACCCAUUCAAGACAAGGCAGGUAUGGAUGUUUUAGCCAUGGACGGACAUGAACCUGGAGUUAAUGGUGACAUUCACAGGACGAUUAGGUCGAGCAGAAAUGCUACAGCAGCCGCCAGAUUAAUUGACUCUGCCAUGAUAAUAUUUAUUUUCAAGCACGAAUACAUCAGCAGCAAUUGUAAUCACAUCUGCAUCAAGGAAAUUAUGAAGGACGUGAAAGCCCGGACGAAACAUUCUCCAAACUUUCCUGCUGUGAUUGGUUUGGUCCACUCCGUAGAUGAGACUAGGGGGUCACUUCAGUCUGUUCAAGUUUUGGAACGUUUACUGCACUCAGUGUAUCGAAAACAUUCCAGUGACUCCGUAUGGGCUGGUCUAUACAUUCCAAACACUGUGGAAAAAAUGAUAUCUAUCAAGAGACAUGUCAGCAAAGCUGUCCACUCGUCUCUUUCUCCAGAUAAUGUGAGGACAAACAACCGUCUCUGGUCACUGAAAUGUUUGUCUCGGAGGAGGCAACGAAGACAACCCAGAGGUAGCUGCAUAUCUCGUUCCGUGGAAACUGUUGAAGGUAUCCCACUAAAGUCAAGAGGACACCAAGGAGAUUUUUCCAAUGGAAUUAGUUCAUCAGGGACAUGAUCUAACAUAGGCUAGAUCUCAUCUCACUUGAAAUGAUCUAACAUAGGCUAUAUCUCAUCUCACUUGAAAUUAUCUAUAGGCUAUAUCUUGUCUCACUUGGAGUAAUUUGUUUCAGUGGCACUUCUGGCACUUUGUAAUACAGUGUGGCUCGCCUAUGGCAAAUACAUUAAUACAUUGUAACCCAUACAUUAUGAGAACUGGGAUCUGGGAAUGUCAAAUGUAAAAAUUAUCUUAUGUUUAUUUUAGGUGACUCACAAGUAGGCCUUGCCCUAUGCUUUAGCAAUUUGUUCAGUAUUGCUGUCGAUGGGUUGUAAAUGCAUGUGGUGAUAUGCCACAAUGAUGCAUUUUGCAAUAAUUUUAAGUUAUAGGCUACUGUAUGUUAAUUACAUUAGACAUAGCUUUUACUAUUACUUUUUGAAACUAUUCUGUUAUAAUUUUGGAUAGCACCACUUGUCUUACUCUCACGAAAAUUAAACAUGUCUCCUUUUACCAGA